AUGAGCAAUCGGAUGAGCCCCGACGCGGUUCCCGCACACCUGUCUGAAUUCUACCCUAUUGUGAACAAUUUGGAGAAUGCAGUUGCUGCAGAGGAGGAAGAGGCGGCGGCGGCAGCAGCAGCAGCACGAACAAGUGGGACAAGUAAACAUGUGCAAGGUUCUGCGGUGAGUCCCUUAAAGCUCGAUGCUGGCGGGUAUCGUCGGGCGUCGUCUUUGCAUUCCAAUGUGAGUUCGAUUAGGGAUUUGGACACGCUGGUGACCAGGCGGGACAUGAAGUUGAUGAAGGAGGUGUUGACGGAGAUACAGCGCGGGUCGCUGCGGUACAUGGACUCCUUAAGGGAGACUUCGAAGCGGUCGAGCGAGCUAGCCUCUGCGUUCGAGGAGCUUGCGCGGCUGAAGGGUUGCAGCGACGACACGGCGGAGAAGAUUCUUAGUGCGUCUGGACUGUUCCACCUGAUGGCAAACCACGAGCUAAUACUGUCUUCCAGUGUCGAUAACGUGUUGAAUGUGCGUGUUGGCGGUGAGGCGACUGCGUUUGGUGAGAUGAGUGCGCUGCUGGAGCGACGGUUCAAAGAGGCAAACAGGGAGCAGACGUUGAAGCUUCGAAUGCAGGAGCAACUGAACAGUAAACUGUCGAAGCGGAAAACGAAGAAUCUGUUGACGUACCGGGAGAGCCUUCACAACCUGCAGUUGCAAUUGGACGAGAUAGAGUCCCUGCGGCACGACUUCUUCCAGGACUCGUACAACCUUGUUGAGACAACGUGCACGGAGGUGAUGAACAACGUGGCAACGCUCACGAGGGCGCACGUCGAGAUUUCUGAAAACAUAGCGAGGAAGGGCUGGUCUGGCGGCGGUCUAGACGACCUGCUGGUGUGUUCUCAGGACCCGUUCAGCAAAGACGGGGACGAAGACGACGCUGAAAUUGAUGAUGAGGCAGAGGAAGAAGAAGAAGAUGCCAGCGGGAGUAAUAACGAUAAUGUCACAGAUGAGAACAUGCUGCGACCUCCGCUGAGUGCUGAAACGUACGUCGACCGCAGGAGCAACACAGGCGGGCCUGAUACUGUGCGGAGCGAUGGACGAGAGGAGAGUAUAGGUGAACGAGCGAGCCCUGAGGCAGCGGACGAGGCGGAUAUCAACGACCAGUCAUUUUCGCUGCCCGUUCCAACCCCGCCCUCCAGAGAACAAGACGACGACGAUGGCGGUAGCGACAGCGAUAUCGCAAUGGACCAAUCUUCUGUAUAA